CACACACACACACACACACACACACACAGAGGAAAAUCCACCACAAGCCUCUCCCACCUCCACACUGCUCUCCUUCAGCUUAUAUCACCUCUGAGGGUAAUUGGUGGUCAACGAGGGCAGAUGAGCAGCAGGUGUGUUCUAAAGGAGAAGGCAGGGGCAGAGGGAGACAAGGGGAGGGGCAAGAAAGAAGGAGGAGGAGAGGGAGAAGACAACACCACGCCCACACACUCCCACAGCCUCACAGGAUGUAACAACAUCUAAAGAACUUCGUGAUGUCUAUCUGUUUAUGCGAACCUUAAUAUAAAGACAGUUUGUACCAGUUAAUGAGCAACGGGUGUUGUGUCUGCACAGCCACCUGCCCCUGGCCCCAGGGCCUCACUUCUUCAUCAGACCAUUGGUCCUGCUCCCUCUCAGACCAGCAGCAGCCCAGCCGGAGACUCUCUGAGCCCAGAGCUGUUCUCUGGCAUCAUGCAGGGAGUGCUGUCCACCAUGAUGAGCUCUCUUGGGGCACAGCAGAGCAAUGGAGAAAGCAUUGCCCAGUUCAUCCAGAGACUGUCCCAGACCAAUAACCUGUUUGUUCCUGGCUCUGGGGAUGCAGUGGGGUUCUUUGGGGACCUGCUCUCCCUGGUGUGUCAGAGUUUCUCUAUGGUGGAUAUGGUGCUGUUGCUUCAUGGGAACGCCCAACCUCUGAGUCGCAUCCGGCCUCAGCUCACAGACUUCUUCACUGAACACUAUCUCCAGGAACAAGAACCUACUGAUGCCAACAUAGCUGCAGCAGCUGAGGACCUCAUCAAUGGACUUGAGCAUUACAUAGCUGAGAGCUUUGCCACAGUGACAGUGCGUGAGGGAGUGGACAUAAUUCAGACCAACCUGUCUUUCUUCAGACAGCAGUUCACGCGAAUGGCCACACAUAUUCUUCGCUGCAACGAUCACAUGUUUGGCCCCCGCCUGCUGUUGCUGUGUACUCAAAGCCUGUUUGAGUGCCUGGCUCUAAACCUGUAUUGCCUGGGAGGAGAACACAGAGCUCUGACUGCUGUCAUCAACCAACACAUUAGGAGGAUGUCUGCAGAAGUCAAUCCCAGUCUGGUGAACUGGCUGACCAGCAUGAUGUCUAUGAGGCUGCAUAUCAUUCUGGAGCACAACCCAGUUACUGAGGACCAAAUCCAACAUUACAUUAUCCAUUUACAGGAAGAGUUGGGCCAGAGGACGGAGACUGAGGUGGAACAGCCAUCAGAGUGUGCAAGUGUGGAGAUGGAGGAGAGUUCGUCUCCAGCUGCAGCCACUACAGCAGAGGAGGCCAUGGUUUCCACUGGAGAGGGAGAAGCACCUCCAUCUGGUUCAUCUGUGGAUGGUUCAUCUCAGUGCUCCUCUGGGCCCCAAGCAGGACAGGACGAAGUGUCUCCUGAAAUGGAGCCAUGGGCAGCAGCUGUUCCACCUGAAUGGGUUCCCAUCAUCAGACAUGACAUGCUGUCUCAGAGGAAGAUCAAAGCCCAGCCCCCACUGUCUGAUGCGUACCUGCAUGGGAUGCCUGCUAAGAGAAGGAAGACAAGCCAGUGUGAAGGACCGCACCUGUCCCUGUCGGAGGCAGUUAGUCGAGCUGCUCGUGCUGUGGGAGUCCUGCCUGUCUCUGCCCCAAACAGCCUGCAGGUGGAGCUGGAGAGCCCAGAGAUACAGGCCGCUUACACCAAACAGGUAAAGUGUGACAUCACAGAAAGAGUGAGAGAUGAUCCAGACUUUACCGGCCAGAGAUUCCCCAACACACAUCGAGCUUUCUCUAUAGAAGACUCCUAGUCCCAGUCAAACAGCUUGUGCCACAGAGGAGCGGGAUGGGGUGAUGAAACCUACCCUGCAGCGUGAGACCCGGAUACAUGUAAUGUGGCAUAAGCAAGGAAGACAGCUGCUGACUUCACUUCCUCCUCUCCUGUGUCAUGGAGACACAAGCUGCUGUAGUUUGUUUAGAAUGGGAAAAUCUGCAGACUCUUGCUAAAACACCCCACCUCCGACACCUCUGAGAAGGACCUGGUAGAAUGACCUAACAUCAGUGCAGAAGCAAACCGAUCCACAGGAUUCAAAAGGAUCUAGCUUAAUGUCAGAACUAAUCCUCUGUGGUAUGCAGUUUCUAAUCAGUGUGGGCCAUCAUACCAACGCUGGAGAUAUUAUUAGUAUAUUACUGUAUAUUAGUUAGUGUUGGUGUCACUGUUAGGAAAGAACAGAGUCAGAAUAUUCUGAAAAUAAAGUUUCAUUAAUCUGUGAAACAGAUGCACAGUGAGAGUGAAUGUGUAAUCUGACCAUGUAAAAGAAUGUCAGAAUUAUAAAGAUAUCAAAUAUUGAGGUAAAGGCAUCGUGCUUAAUAUUAGGAGAAAAAGUGUUACAAUGUUGUUAACGAAAAAAAUAUUUUAUGAGAUAAAGUGUAUUUAUUGUUAUAGUAAACAGUGAUGGUGGAAAAAACUUGUAUGAGGCAAAAAAAACAGGUGAGCACAAAUUUAUGCUAAAAAAGAAUCACAUGUUGUAUGAACUUCUUAAACUAUUCUGCUGUCAAACAGCAGUGGUCCUGAUACACUGUAAUACUGAGCAGUUCUGCCCUGUGUUAUAAAUGCAUAGUAGCAUAGAGCUUUGUCAGUUGCACUUUACCUUACCAUAUAAAGAAUCGUGAUUGUUGUUAGUAUUUCCAUGUCAGCUUUGUAUUAUUUUCACAUCUUAUCAAUGUCAGUGAAUCACAGGCUUGCACAUUUUAUUUUUUUGUAUUUUAGAGCAUUACGUGUAAUUGACUCUGUUGUUGAGUAAUACAGGAUACAGCCCGUUCGGUGAUAUUUGUCUGAUGUUAGAAAAGCUUUGUCAAACUGUCAACUGUUACUACCUGCUUGAUAACGUCACUAAAAUAAAUCCACUUUUAAAUCA